UUGUCUAACGUGCCAAACAAGGAGACCAAUUUGACCAACGAAACCACCGCAGCCUGGACCGACGUUUUCGAGGCUGUUGAAGCCCUUUACGAACUGGGCUGGACCGACGGCCUGCCCGUGCUCCCUCCCACGUCCGAAAAGGUGGCCGAGUUCCUAGGCUCCGCCGGCCGGGAUGGUUCGGAGAUUGUAGGUGAGUUGCCCGAACGGCGCAGACAGAUUACUGCGGAGAAGGUCGCGGCCAACGCGGUGAUGGCCGGCUGCAAGCCCGAGUAUAUGCCGGUGGUGCUGGCAGCGGCCGAGGCCAUGCUGGCUCCGGAGUUCAACCUGGUGGGGCCUUCCUCGAGCAUGGGCGGCGCGGCCACGCUGGUUAUAGUCAACGGGCCCAUCGUUCAGGAGCUUGGCAUCAACUCCCGCAACAACCUUUUCGGUCCUGGCAACCGGGCCAAUUCCACCAUUGGUAGGGCCAUUCGGCUCAUCCUGAUGAACGCCUGUGCCGCCAUCCCCGGCCUCUACGACCGCAGCGUAAUCGGCCACCCGGGCAAGUUCAGCUACUGCAUUGCCGAGGCGGAAACCGAGACCCACUGGACGCCGUUGCACGUGGAGCGAGGCUUCUCGCCGGAACAGAGCGGGGUAACACUGUUUGCCUGCGAGGGUCCGCGGCAAGUGCGCUCGGUGGGCCGGCCGGAAGCUAUCUUGUACGCCAUUGCCGACGUGGCUUCUUCGCUGGGCACCUCGCUGUCCACUUCCGGCUCCGUGGGCGACCCGGCGGCGGGAAUCCGGCAGGGGGAGACGGUAGUCACCAUCGCUGGCAACAGCGGCCUGUGGAAGGACUGGAGCAAGGCCGACGUCAAGGCAUAUCUCCAAGCCCACAUCGGCGCUCGGUGGCCGAUUUCAAGCGGGCACAGGUCUUCCCCGGAGAAGUGGAACCCGGGGAUGCGGAGCGCAUGGUCCCUCUGA